AUCUUCACCGAUUCAAGAAUCAAUGUUUUCAAUGUACCUUUCGAAAUCUUCUUUUUGGUGCGCUGAGCGCGACGCGACGCGACCUCUUUACAAAAAAUUGCCCCUUUCAGAAGCUGCAAAAAAUUUUCGUCUCUAUGGCUUACGUAAAACACAUAGUGAAGAAGUUAUGAAACAGGUUCACAAAGAAAUUUGUACACAGAUAGUUUGUUUGAAUAAAAGAAGACUGGCUUGUUGAUUGUUGAACUCACUCAUAUACAGCCAUUAACAUCAAAGAGUGGAACAGAGAAGAGUAAUUCAAACUUAGCAUCCAACCAAGAGUUUUAAGCACACGUCGUCCUGAUCAAAGAAAUUCUUGAGAUGUUUCAGUAUCAACAAUACAACAACAACAACAACAACAAUAACCACAUUUCUGCUUAUGAAGGCCAACUACGCUCCAUGUCCUCCAUGUCCACCAUGAACUCUGAAUCAGACUCAACUACUUUCAACCACUCAACUUCAUCUGCUCAAACUUCAACUAAUUCAUCUCCAUACAACUACAAGGCGGUUCAACAAGGUUUACAACAAGAUUCAAUCUAUGAAGAACAAGAAAACUCACCAGAUCUAAUGAAUGAGUUUUAUUCCUCUGAUAACAUUGAUAAUAAAAAUCAUGCUCAAAAUUUUAGACAAUCAAUGGUGUAUUCAGAUUCUUUUGAUUCUCAACAAUUCCAAUCAGUUAGAAAUUCAAUAAUAGUGGGAAAUGAUGCUCAAGUUCCAACUAAAUUAGCAAUGACAAAUUCACCUUCAUUCUCAGCGUUAGCUAGUAUCUUGGAGAAGAAGACAAAAUUCAAACCUUCUAUGCCCUCAACGAUACACGAAGUUCAUGAUGAUGGCCAAGAAGAUGAAUUCUUUGGCAAUCCUUCUGUUACACAUUCAACUGAAACUUUGACCGUGCAAAAACAACAAGAUUCUCCAAAUUUGAUCCAAUUAGAUGAUACUGAAACAAAUAUCCCAAGAGAAAUGAGUUUUGAUUCAAUAUUGCCUUCUCCUUUGGAUCCAAAUGUUAUGAUUGCUCCCCAAUAUUAUGAAAGAAUGAAUCAACAACAACAACAAAAUGGUAUUGAUAAUGUUGAUAUUUUCAAAACUCCAGAAGUCCCUCAAUUAUCAAGUUUCAAUCAAGUGGAAACUCCAAAGAGUCCACCUCCAAAAUAUGAAUCAAUGUUGGAUGUUACUGAACCGGAAGCUAUUUCCACUUCACCAAUAACGCAAAGCUCCACUAUUGAAGCUACACCAAGAAGAUCUGAAACUACAGAAGUUGAAUCCCCAAAGCCAUUACCUAAAUUAAGAGUGAACACUAAUGUACUAAACUCUCCACAAUAUAAACAAAGAUCUUCAUCAUUGCCAAUCUUGACAAACCCACCUCAACAACCUCAACCAAAAAAGAAGAAUAAAUUCAUUUCAUUCUUCAAAUCUUCCAAAAGAUCAGUUUCAUCAAGUCAAGUUGAACAAUCUAAACCGUCACCAUCAAUCGCAUC